AUGAACUGCGAUAUCUGCGGCCGUCACUACCAUGCCCAGCGUCUGCCUUUUCUCUGUCCUAUCGAUGCCCGAAACCAGUUGUAUGAGCACCGGCUGGCGCAUGCGGCUGCGCUGAUCCAGAAUGAGCAGCUGGAGCAGCAGGUGAAUGGCGAGCUGCUUCUGUCGUCGGCCGCGGACGCAGAGGAUGAGAAGCCGCCGGCGAAGAGACAGCAGCAGCUGAAGCGGCAGCCGAAGCAGCGCGAUGCGCUUUCGGCCAAGAGCCGGCUCGACGCCUGGGAAUGCGAGCGGCAGGAAAUCCUCGAGCGCACCAACGACGUGGUGCAGCGCGCUGAGAAGCUGCGUGCCGACCUCGAGGCCGCCCGCAGCGAGCUCGAGCGCCGCAAAGACACCAACCGGCGGCGGCGCUCCGAUCUUGCGGCAGCUUCCAACGGCACGGCCACCCGGCGGUCGCGCAUGCAGGACGAAGUCGAGCGCUCAAUCUCCAUGACCCGGUUCAAGUGGAACCGUAGCUAUGACGCUAUGGCUGCUACCCGCGGCUUCCUAUGCAUGGAGGCUGCCAAGCUAUACGGCCUUCGCCGGCUGAAGCGAGGCAGCACAGUUCACUACGAGAUUGGCGGCCGCGAGAUUGUCAAUCCCUACUCUAUGAGCAACUUGCAGCCAGAAGUGAUCUCCACGAGCCUCGGCCACGUCACACAUAUUCUGAUGCUAGCUUGCCAUUACCUGUCUAUCCGGCUGCCGGCCGAAGUCACGCUCCCUCAUCGGGACUAUCCUCGACCGACCAUCUUUUCUCUCUCCUCAUCAUACUCACACGGUGACGUGCCGUUUCCCGGCACCGCCACCUUUCAGCCGUCACACGCCGCCGGCCGAGACCACGAGCCGUUCCAGCGAGUGCCGCGUGCGCGGCCGCUCUACAUUGACAAGCAGCUGCCUGUCCUCUCCAAAGAGGACAGUUGGUCACACACCAUGUUUCUGGAGGGCGUCGCCCUGCUCGCAUACGAUAUUGCGUGGGCCUGUGGAUCCCAGGGCGUGCCCAUUGGCGAAAGGUCGUCGUUUGACGACGUCUUCAAUAUCGGCCGCAACCUGUACAAUCUGCUAAUUGGCAGCCAGCUGCUCAACAACCCGGCCGGCCGCAUCUUUUCCACGUCUUCCACGCCGGCGUCUCCUGGGGGGACUAUGCGCCAGACCGAUGGCGGCGUUGGAGGCGGCCGAGAAAUAAACGAGUUUGGUAAGGCUGCCACAAUGAUGGGACGUUACUCUCACGGAACGGCUCACACUUUCCUUGGUGACGACGUCAUUCGGGCCUUCAAGCUCCCGAGUCCAAACCGUCUCGCCGACCGCCUGAAGACCAGGCUGAGCAGCGAGAGUACGCUUCCUGACUGGGAAGUUCUCGACGACGAGUCUUGGGCUGCAGACGAUCACAACAACAUGGAGGACGGUGUCUUGUCCAAGGGCGGUCAGCAAAACGGUGGCAGCCGUGCUCCCGACAGGAGGCUAUUUGGCGUGGAGAGCGUGGCGUCGGUAAUUACAGAUCUCGAGGACACCCUGGCGCUGGCCGAAAUGGACGUGAGCCCUAGGAGCCGACGGCCGGAGAAGGUCAGGUCUGCCGGGACGAGUGGGUGGACGAAGUUGCGAACUCGCUCAGGUUCCACCAAGUAG